AUGGCUUGCGUCCCUGAUUUGGACAUGCUGGAGAGCAGCAGCCUCAAUGAGGAGACACUUUAUGGCCCAGACUGCCUCUGCCCGCAGAAGAAACCCUGCCUGGAUUCAGAGGUGACAUCGCCCAAGGUGGGUAUCCAGGUGACAGUGACCAAGGGACACCCCACCUGGACCUUUCGCCGGGCCGCUGUCCUCGUGGUGGCCACAACCAAGCUCCUGAAGCAGCCAGUGUGCAAGGACUUAGCCGACAGUGACCUUGGGGGCUUCCUGGAUGGGGUAUUCGAGCCCAUCUCCUUCCAGCGGAUGGAGAGCAGCUACACUGGGGCGCCCGUCUACCGCUACACCCGCUCACAGUCCUUUGACAUCCUCGAUAUCGACCACAAGUGCUUUGUGCUGGAAUCACCCACCCAGCUGGUGGCCCUGCACCUGCAGGGACCCUCAGCCAGGCGGAAAGUGAAGCUCAACAUUGCUCUGUACCGGCCCCAGGCAUCACAGGGUGGCCCAGGCACCGGGCAGGUGCCAGUGGCCUUGGGCAUCAAGGGCUACCAACUCUACAUGUCAUGUGUGAUGAGUGGUGCUGAACCCAUGCUGCAGCUGGAGGAAGCUGACAUCAGGAGGGACAUUGAGAGCGUGGAGAUGACCCGCUUCAUCUUCUACCGCCUGGACAGCCCUGCUGAGGGCACCACACGCUUUGAGUCAGCUGCCUUCCCUGGCUGGUUCAUCUGCACCUCCCUGCAACCACGCCAGCCUGUGGGCAUCACCAACCAUCCUGACCAGGUCAACAUUGCCACCUAUGAGCUGAGUGGGCGCUGA